AGUAACUUCUCUUUCUGCUUUGUUGCUCUGAAACCCUUCCCUCAACGGGAAACACAUCCCGAGGAAUCCCAAUUCCAGGCACCAAUUCACGUAGAUCCGUGGAGUUACGACGAUUUGGAGGUCGAGGUUGUUCUUUUGAUGGCGGAAAACCUUGGUCCCGUAGUUUUCGCGGCUUAAACUCUCUGCAUUUUCGCAGAUCGUUCCCGCUCCUCUUCUCUGCUUCGUUGGAUCGCACAUUGUGAAAUGGAGGCUGAGAUGUGCUCUGUUCAUACUCUAUCCCCUUCUCAGGAAGAAAGUGGAGAUGAAGAACUCUCAGUGCUUCCUAGGCACACCAAAGUCAUUGUUACUGGUAACAACAGAACCAAAUCUGUAUUGGUCGGGCUGAAAGGAGUCGUGAAGAAAGCUGUUGGUCUUGGUGGCUGGCAUUGGCUGGUCCUGAAAAAUGGGGAGGAAGUAAAGCUGCAAAGGAAUGCUUUGAGUGUUUUGGAAGCUCCAACUGGAAACGAAGAUGAUGAAAUCGAUUGUGAUACCUCUUUCUGCAGUAGCUCAGACAUGGGAGAAAAAGACAUGGAUUACACUGGUUCGGAGAUUCACAAACCAAGAAAGUCAAGGAUUCGACAAACUAGGUCAUGGAAGUCGAACGGCCAAAGUAGCAUCAGGAACAUUCACUCCCAUGGUUUUAAGCCUCGAACGAGGGUAAGAUUGUCAAAACUCGAGACCGCCACCUUGUGGAGAUACCUGAAACACUUCAAUCUUGUGAGCAGUAACCCCAGUCCAACAAAGGAACAACUGGUCCAUGAUGUGCAGCACCAUUUCCUCUCUCAGAAACUGGAUGAAACGGAGGUCAUUUUAGGCUUCAUUCAUGCUGCAAAGAGAUUGAGGACUCUAUACUCAUAAGGUCUCGUCUGAUGAAUUAAAGAAGGAAUCAAGUAUAUUCAUGUUGUUUCCAAAAUGGAGGAGUUUGACAUGGUGUGGUGUAAGCAUGAA